GCCGCCGCCAUCGCCCGGACCGGAAGAGUCCGCACAGCCCUUUCCGCCCCGGCCCGCGGGACUCCACGUCCCGGCGUGCCCUGCGCGGUCCCCAUGGCGACGGGGAGCCGGGCCCCAGCGCCGAGGAGCGAUGCCCACGGGCAGUGAUACUUUAUGGGAUAUUGCUAUAGCGGAAGUGGAGAAAAGAGAAAACCCUGAAGGCGAUGGCAAGGGUGUGGAAAUUUCGGAAAAAUCCAUAUUAUUUAUGGGAAACAAAAAUGGGGGAAAAACUACUAUAAUACUGAGGUGUCUUGACAGGGAAGAGAUUCCAAAACCAACGUUAGCCUUGGAAUAUACUUUUGGAAGAAGAGUAAGGAGACACAAUACACCUAAAGAUGUAGCUCAUUUUUGGGAACUAGGUGGUGGAACCUCAUUGGUGGAACUCAUUCGAAUACCAAUCACUAGCAGCAACAUAAGGGCAUUUGCUAUAGUUCUUGUAUUGGAUCUGUCCAAACCUAACGAACUCUGGACUACUAUGGAAAGUCUUCUGCAGGUCACCAGGAACCAUGUGAACAAAAUUCUAACCAAACUGGGAAAGACAAAUCCUGAAGUAGCUACUGAAAUUAAACAGAGGAUGUGGAACAAUCUACAGAAGGAUCAUCCAGAUUAUGAGUUAGUUGAUCCUUUUCCAUUACCUCUGGUGAUAAUUGGAAGCAAAUAUGAUAUUUUUCAUGAGUUUGACUCUGAAAUGAGGAAAAUAAUAAGCAAGACGCUUCGCUUUGUUUCACAUUAUUAUGGAGCAUCAUUAGUGUUUACCAGUAAAUCUGAGGCUCUCCUGCAGAAAGCCCGUGUUCUUAUUAAUAACUUGGCAUUUGGCUUCGAUAAAAGUAAAUCUGUAUCAGUAGACCAUAGCAGACCUCUGUUUAUACCAGCAGGCCUGGAUUCGCUGAACCAGAUAGGACCACCACCUGCAUCUGAUAGCGAUAUUGGAAAACUGCGUGCAAAUACGCCAUUGGAACUGUGGAAAAAAGUAUUUGAGAAAACAUUUCCUCCCACGAGUUCCUGCGAUUUACAGUAUACCAAGGACCCUGCACAGGAUUUACAAUAUGCUGAGUAUGAAGUUGAUGUCAUGAGAGCUCAGAAAAAACAGGUUAAUGUGGCAGCUCAGAUUCCCUGGUAUGAGAACGUAGCACAGAUGAAAAUGCCGUGGACCUGGAACUCAGGUCCCGAUUCUCAUGUGUUAGUAAUCCAGAAUCUGAAUUUAAAAGUUCAAAGCGGUCAGAUGCUAGCUAUUAUAGGAAGCACUGCUGGUGGAAAGACGUCAUUGCUUGAUGUGAUAACCUGUCGGGAUCACGGAGGCAAAAUCAAGUCAGGUCACAUCCUGAUCAAUGACAAAACCAGCACUCCCCAGCUUGUUAAGAAAUGCAUCGCACACGUGCGGCAGGAUGACCGACUGCUCCCCCACCUGACUGUCAAAGAAACGCUAUUGUUCGUUGCCAAACUGCGCCUUCCGAAGUUUUUUUCAGAUUCACAAAGGAAAAAAAGGGUAGAAGACGUUAUAGCCGAACUUCGGCUGCGUCAGUGUGCAGACACACGGGUCGGGAAUGAGUACCUCCGUGGCAUUUCAGGAGGAGAGAGGCGGCGAGUGAGCAUUGGCGUGCAGCUGCUCUGGAACCCAGGAAUACUGAUACUUGAUGAACCCACAUCUGGACUGGACAGUUUUACUGCGCAUAACCUUGUGAUAACAUUAUCCAGGCUGGCCAGAGGAAACAGAUUAGUUCUUCUUUCAGUUCAUCAACCCCGGUCAGAUAUCUUUCAACUUUUUGAUUUAGUUCUUCUGCUGACUUCUGGAGUCACUGUCUAUUCUGGAACAGCUAGAGACAUGGUCCAGUAUUUCACAGAAAUAGGCUAUCCCUGCCCAAAGUACAGCAAUCCUGCAGAUUUCUAUGUUGAUUUGACCAGUAUUGAUAAACAGAACACAGAAAAGGAGUUGGAAAGCCAAAGAAGAGUAAAUACUCUUGCCAACUUGUUCCUAGAGAAAGUCAAAGACUUUGAUGAUUUCUUAUGGAAAGCUAAUGAAGGAGAUGAUGGUGCGAACACAUCCAGCCAACAAAGUUCCCAUGUAAAUUCAGAAGAGUCUGUUAACAUACCUUCUCAUUCAAGUGAUCAGUUACCAGGAGUCCUAAAGCAGUUCACGGUAUUAUUAAGUCGCCAAGUCUCCAAUGACUUCCGAGAUCUUUCAACGUUAUUAAUCCAUGGAUUUGAGGCCCUUCUCAUGUCAUUAUUAAUUGGAUUUUUGUACUAUGGCCAUGAAAAAACCAGACUCUCUAUUCGUGACACAACAGCACUGUUGUACAUGAUAGGUGCACUAACCCCAUUCACAGUGAUUUUGGAUGUUAUUGCCAAAUGUCAUUCAGAAAGAGUGAUGCUCUAUCAUGACUUGGAGGAUGGAAUGUAUUCUGUGAGUCCAUACUUCUUUGCUAAGAUUUUGGGGGAGCUCCCAGAGCACUGCGCUUUUGUUAUCAUUUAUGGGAUUCCCAUCUAUUGGCUGGCAAACCUCAGCCCCGAACCAGAACAUUUCCUUUUGAACUUCCUCUCCGUGUGGCUGGCUGUUUACUGUGCCCGUACCAUGGCGCUCUGGGUGGCGGCACUGCUGCCCACCUUGCAGCUGUCGGCCUUCUUCGGCAACGUCCUUUUCACGUCCUUCUACCUGAGCGGCGGUUUUGUGAUAAACUUGGAAAACCUCUGGACAGUUCCAUUCUGGAUUUCUAAAAUAUCUUUUCUUAGAUGGAAUUUUCAAGGCCUUAUGCAAGUUCAGUUUAAUGAACUCACAUACGAAAUGACUGUUGGAAACAUUACCCUUCACAUACCAGGGAAACUAGUAACUCAGUCUCUGGACCUGGAUUCACAACCUCUCUAUGCAAGUUAUCUCAUCCUCGCUGGUAUUAUUAUUAGCUUCCUGAUUUUAUACUACUUAUCUCUGAGGUUCAUCAAGCAGAAAUCACAUCAAAACUGGUAACAGCAAAACAUGCAGACGGGGCAGCAGGUUACAAGUCCCUUGCACAAAAACACUCACACCUUUGCUUAGCAUGGAAAGCACCCAAGCUUAAUUUUUGCAACCUUUGUAGAUGUCAUUAAAUGUUCGCAGCAGGAACAGGUAUCUGCACAGUGUGCAGCAAUGAAGUGAGUCCUGUGAACCACAGGAUGGCAGCAGAAUACCAACAGUGAGAAGCCAGGUUGUGCUCCUGGAUUAGACCAUACUGUCUCGGAUAAAGGAAACUAAAUUGAGACUUCCACAUUUUUAUUUUUGACAUAUGGUUUUAUAGGUGGCAAGAUGCAUCUGAGCUAUCUACAUCUUGUAAUAGCCUGUGCUAUGGGCUGUGGAUUCAGAAGGACCUAUCCCAAUUUAUGGUAGUUGAGGUUUUAGUCAAUUUUUCAAUGUAUAGUGAUCAUGUAUUUAAUUAAGGAACCUGUGAGAGAAACAGUAUUAGCACAUACAAAACACUUCGCUUUCUGUAGCAAGUAAAAUUCAGCACUCACAGAAUAAUGUAGAGGAAAGGAACAUGGAGAGAGAAUUUCACUAAAGCUUCAGGAGAAGCUGGUACAGACGAGGACAGAAAAUAUACUAAUUAUUCUGUGUUGCUUAUAAUUGCUCAAGUGCUUUAAGAUUUUGCCUGUGCUCUUCCACAUAUGUGCUGUUGAUGCCCAAAAUAAGUAUUUUCUCGCUGUAUUAAUGAUUUCUUGUUACAGAUAAAAUUACUUUACCUUCUUGUAUCCAUUUUUACAGUAUAAAUAAACACAAAUUGACUGUUACUAAUCACAUCUUUCUCCAUGCUGAUACACAUCAUAGCAAUUUGCCAAUUUUGAUUCCUAAGAGUCUCGGGUAGAAAAUAUCAAACCUGUCCACCCAAUAACUAAAAAUCUAAUGGCGCAAUCUAUGAAAUGCCUGUAAUCAUGCACCUACCUAUAUGUAGUCAUAAGACAAAUGCUCAGAAAAUUAGAUAAGGGCAGAUAAAUGGCUGUCAUUCAUGUGUAGUCAUGGUAAGCACACAUGCAAAUUAGGUGCACAAUUGUGCAAACAUUUUAUAUGAUUAGCUUGCUUGUUUUUAUAAUGUUUGGAUGCAUAGCUAGGUGUUUAUAUACAUAGUGCAUCUUCUGCUUUCAUUUAUUGAUGUGCUGUGCACACUCAAAAACUCCUAGUAUAAUCGGCUGUAUAAUGCCCCAGAUAUUGUUAUGUAAAUCUGAUUUUUUUUUUAAAAGAAGAAAUAAAAAUGAAAUACCACCAAUGUUUUAUUACUUCCUUUUGGCAAAUAGGGCUGCCACAUGGUUUUCCACAGAGGCCACACAGUAAUAAAUUCUGAGGAAGACCCUUGUCUAAAGACUUUAAGUCUGAAAAAAAACAACAGCUCCAGCCUUAUGCAGCAGUAGGAAUCCAAAACACUCCAAGGUUUUUCUGAGGCAAGUUCUACCAUUCCUUUCUCUCUCUGUUUCAUAUGAUUUCGAAAAAUACUCUUGAUCUUAUUCUAGUGCCAUUUUGAAAUUAUCAGAUUUCCAUUGCUUUCUAAUGGCAAAACCAAUUCUUUCAGUCCAAUUCAGCAUCAUUAAAUUGUCAGAAUAGCAGCUUCCUGUUUGAUUCUUAAUUAUUCCUUUUUAUUAUAUUUAAGACACUCAAUUUUUUAAAGUGGUUUACUCUUCUUUGUAAUGAUCUGUUGUGAUUAGAAUCUCUUUUAUAUUACA